AUGGGAGACUUCAACGAUAUAUUGCGACAAAGUGAGAAGGUUGGCAAUCACCCGCAACCAAGAUGGCUUAUUCAAGGCUUUAGGGAAGCAGUUGAAAGUAGCGGCCUCAAGAAUUUCAACUUCAAUGGAUAUCAAUUUACUUGGGAAAGGGGGAGAGGAAGCCCUAACUGGGUUAUGGAGAAGCUGGACCAAAUCUUGGUUAACGAUGCGUGGCUGGACACAUUCAGAGAAGUCAAGGAAGACCAAUGUAGAUCAAUCGUGUAUAUGAGCUGGAAGAAAUCAGUUGGGCAUAAUAUUUGUUCCAGAUUUGAGGUAUGUAGUGUGGCAAUAACAAAAUGGGGAAAGAACAACCAAGGGAAUUUUCAACAAAAAAUUGAUAUUGCUAGAAUGCGAAUGGAAGCUCUUAGACGAAGAACUAAUCAGUUUGGGCUAUCCGAAUUCUCGAAUACCCAUGGGGAUUUUAUUCACUUAUUGGAGUAG